AUGAUUCUUAGGGAGGAAAUGAUGUGGAAUCAGAGAUCAAGGGCAUUAUGGAUCAAAUGUGGAGACCGGAAUACAAAGUUCUUUCAUGCCACGACAAACAAUAGACAAAGGAAAAACAAAAUUAAGGGAAUAAGUGACUCGGAGGGGAGAUGGAGAGAGGGUAGAGAAGAGGUUGAAGAUAUAAUAUUAAAGUAUUUCAUAGAAAUUUAUAGCACAACCUUUCCAACAGAGUUUGAAGCUAGUCUUGGUGUAGUUGGCAGAAGAGUUUCAAAAGCUAUGAAUGCCGAACUCCUGAAGGAAUUUAAAGAAGAGGAAGUGUGGCGAGCCCUCAUGUUAUUCAAAGUGUUAUUCAUAUACUUCGAACAGGUUCUUGUUAAUAGGCUGAAAGGAGUACUCCCGGAAGUUGUUAGUGAUGCACAAAGUGCAUUUGUACCAAGAAGGCAAAUCACGGACAAUGUCUUGGUUGCUUUUGAGGUUAUGCAUUGUAUCAAUCAAAGGAGGAAAGGCAAAGAAGGUCUAAUGGCAAUCAAGUUGGACAUGAGCAAGGCGUACGACCAGGUGGAAUGGGGGUAUUUGGAGGCGAUGAUGCAGAAAAUGGGAUUCCAAGAACGGUGGAUAUCUUUAAUGAUGAUGUGUGUGACCACGGUCUCAUAUUCAGUGUUAAUCAAUGUGGAGCCUAAGGGUAGAAUUGUCCCAACAAGAGGACUUAGGCAAGGGGACCCAAUCUCCUCAUACCUAUUCCUCUUGUGUGCGGAGGGCGUCUCAGCAAUGCUAAGAAGAGAUGAGGUUGGAAAAAAUUUAAGGGGUAUCUCAGUGUGUAGAGGGGCUCCAAGGGUUUCCCAUUUACUUUUUGCGGAUGAUUGUAUUGUCUUCUGCAAGGCAUCGGCGGAAGAGGGGCUUAAAGUCACCAAAAUCCUGGAGAAUUAUGAAAGAGAGUUUGGGCAGAAGCUAAAUAAAGAGAAGACAUCCCUCUUUUUUAGCAAAAAUACGAAGGUGGAGGUUCAAGAAGCGGUAAAAGAAAUGUUUGUGGCUCAGAUCAUUCUCCAACAUGAAAGAUGGUUGCCAACCCCAAAAUCCUUCAAGGUGACAAGUCCUCGGCCCCAAGAGUUUGAAGGUAAUAUGGUGGAAUCUCUACUUGAUCGGGAGGCAGGGGGUUGGAAUAAAAACCUAGUGAGUAGCAUUUUCCUCCCUUAUGAAGCAGAGGCCAUAUUAAGUAUUCCUAUUAGCCAUACUUUCCCCGAGGAUACUCAAACCUGGGCGUGGACCCAAAAUGGGAGAUUUACGGUGAGCAGUGGGUAUAAAGUAGCAUGCAAUUGGCUAAUGGAACAAAGGAAUAAGGCUGAUAGGGGUGAGGCGUCAAACCCGAAGAAGUGUAGUGAGUUCUAG